UUUCGGGCCGUUGGUGGGACCGGAGAUCUGUUUUCUCGCUGUUGCUGGAGGAAGAGGAGGAAGGGCAUUGAAAAGAAGGUAUGGCCGCCGGGUCCUGUGAAGAUCUCCCAGCCGCUUCUUUGGUGCUUAAUAAAUUUUUGUUGAAUUGCUGUUGUCUGAAUAACCAAUAAGAAAGAAUAUCCAGUAACAGGAAGUAGUCAACGGUGUCAAAAGCUGUAGCACAUCAUAGGAUCAUAGAUCCAGAGCUGGAAGGGUCCUUAGAAGUCAUUUCAUACAGCUGCUUCAUUUUCAAGAUGAGGAAACUGAGAUCCAGAGAGACUAAAUGACCUCUAAGGACUUGAUUUCAAAGGAGCUCAUUAGCAUGAAUGAAAAUAAUCUUUGUCAGCUUCAGAACUUUGCUUGUGUUCUCUGUAAAAGAACUGAUGACCAUCCUGAAAAGUAUGGAGAAAAGAAAACUUACCAUGAUUACAACCUCACUGUACAUUAUUAUUGUUUGUUGAUGUCAAGUGGAAUUUGGCAGAGGGGUGAAGAAAAAGAUGGUGUUUAUGGUUUUCUAAUAGAAGACAUCAGGAAAGAAGUAAACAGAGCUUCUAAGCUGAAAUGUUGUAUUUGCAAGAAAAAUGGUGCUUCAAUUGGAUGUGUAUCCAGCAAAUGUAAACGAAGCUAUCAUUUCCCUUGUGGAGUUCAAAAAGAGUGUAUUUUCCAAUUUACUGAGAACUUUGGGUCAUUCUGUUGGGAUCAUCGGCCUGUUCAAAAUACACCAUCUGGUCAUUGUACAGUUUCCUCACAAUGCACUAUUUGCUUGGAAUAUGUUGAACAUUUUCCAACAUACAGCAUUUUGGGAAGCCCUUGUUGUAAAAAUGCUUGGUUUCACAGAGAUUGUUUACAGGUUCAGGCACUCAGUGCUGGAAAAUUUUUCUUCAAGUGCCCAUUAUGCAAUAACAAUGAUAAAUUUCAGAAUGAAAUGUUGAGAAUGGGUAUUCAUAUUCCUGAAAAAGAUGCUUCUUGGGAACUGGAGGAAAAUGCAUAUCAAGAACUUUUACAGCAUUACCAACGUUGUGAUGUAAGAAGAUGUCGCUGCAAAGAAGGGAGAGAAUAUAAUGAACCUGAUAGCAAGUGGGAAAUAAAACGCUGCCAGUAUUGUGGAUCUAGUGGAACACAUUUAGCCUGUUCCUCAAUAAGAACAUGGAGGCAAAACUGGGAAUGCUUUGAGUGCAGAAGUAUUAUCUACAAUUCAGGGAAUUUUCAAAGACCAAAAAAACGCUCUCUACCUAAUUCAGAAAAUAUUGGAAUUACCAAUUGCUUGCUGGAACAGCCUUCUCCCAAAUUCUCCAGACAGUCCCCUCGAACUCAGAACAAAGAUUCACUCAGGUCACCAAAGAUAUUGCAUCAGGGAAGUUUGGCUCCUAAUUCCUGCUUAGAUAAACCACCAUGUUCUAGAAGACUAACAUUAAUAUCACCACUUAUUAAUGUUGCUGCAAAGAAUCCAUCUACCAAAAGGCAAGUCACCACAUUGAAAAGAGAUGUUUCUAACAUAUUGAGAGAAUUAGGAUACCAAAUUAGGCAGAAAACUCGAAAACUCUCUAUCAACAAAGAUAAUAUCUGGGAUAGUACCAUAAAAGGAUUCAGAAGGCGAAACUUUAAUCCAUCAGACACAAUUGAGGUACUGUUCUGUAAUGGAAAUGAAAAUAUUAAUGGAUCAAAGCAUGAAUUCUUAAGCCUUUUAAUGGGACAUCUUGAGAGCUCAUCACUGUUUGAAGGGUCCAUGUCAAAGAACUUGUCCUUUAAUUCUGAAGCUCUUAAAGAGAAUCUCUACUAUGAGGCUGGUAGAAUGAUUGCCAUUUCUUUGGUGCAUGGUGGUCCACCACCUUUUUUGUUUUCUAAAACAUUAUUUAACUGCCUUGUUUAUGGACCAGAGAACACAGAGCCAACUCUUGAAGAUGUUGAAGACAAUAAUGUGAUAGAAAUAAUAACCAAGAUUAAAAGUUCAAAAAAUUUGACUCACUUAAAGUCAGCAGUACGUGAUUGCUUUGAAUACCUUUCUCAAAUUGGAUGUCUAAGACUUGUAACAAUGCUAAGUGACAAGGAUAUGUUAGUAAAAGACAUACUCAUGUCUCAUGUAAUUAAAAGAGUUAAGGCACCUUUGGACAGUUUUCAGGAGGGUUUGAAAACUCUUGAUGUGUUAGAAAAAAUGCAGAAAUAUCCAGAAGCAUUUUAUAGUAUCCUAUGUCACAAGCCUGAGAGACUUACAACCAAAAUCCUUAGUGAUCUUUUUACUAUGCACAUGUUGUCUGAAGCACAAGACACCAGAGCUAUGGGGUUUUGGAUGAGUUACUUGCAGGAUGUUGAAAGUGGUGAAUCUGUAAUAACAUUAGAAGACAUCCUUGUUUUUGCAACAGGUUGCCGCUCCAUUCCACCUGUUGGAUUUCAACCUACUCCUUCAAUUAAAUUUUUACCUGUUGAUUAUCCUGUUGGAAGCAAAUGCUUUAACAGCUUAACUCUUCCAAUAACCAACACAUAUGAAGAAUUUCAAGAAAACAUGGACUUUGCCAUCAGAAAUGCCUUAGGACUAGCAAAAGAAAAAAAAUAUUACACUGGAUAUUAAAUCUUUUUUUUUAGAGGUGCCUUCUUGCAAGCUGCUAUCAUUAUAUUCCUAACAUUCCACAGCUUUGUAUUUAAUGCUCCUUUGUCUAAAAACUUGCCAGUCCUAAAAAAUGUUUGAUGUGUACUUUUUAAAAAGUGGUGAAAUUUUAAAAAUUCCAAAUGUUAAGGAACUUAUUCAAAUUUGAUGCAAUAUUUUGUGUUUCUUAGUGCUUUUACUUAUCUAUGAACUUCAAAAUGAGUAUCUUUUAGUAGAUUACUUCAUCAUGAUACACAUAACUUUGCUGUUGACUGGUUUUCUAAGCUAUGUUUAUUUCAGGUAAACUAUUUUCCAAUUUUUAUAAACAUUUUUUAAUUUUCAACUUUUUUUCUUUUAAAGAAUUAGUAGAAAUGCCACUGAAUUUAAAGGUAUCAGGAACAUAGUAUUUUCAAGAUGGAGUGACACUAAACUAGAAAUCAAAGUGCUUCAGCUAGGGCAGCUGUACUCCUGUGAAAUUGAGUGUUAAAAUUGUGCCAAAAAGUUAAUAUUUAUCAACUGUCUCUUUGACCUUAAUGGUAACUGUUUGAUUUCUUCAGAUUAUGGACAGUUCUAUGUCUUCAAAGUGAGUGAACAUGGUUUAAUAUCUAGUUAUUUUAGCUACCUAUGUCAAUUGCCAUGUUAUGGGUUUGAUAAUGGUGAAUAGAUAUUAAUUGUUAACAUGGCUGAAUUAAUAUGUGAACUUUUCAGAUUAUCUUUUAAUACAUGUAAAUUGAUUUUGUACCUGUUAAUUACAUUGGUAAAUUAUUAAAAAGGAAAAGAAGUAUUAUAUUUAAAAAUCUGUGUUCCCAUUCCAGAAGUCAUUCUCAUUAAUUUCUAUUUAAAUGCUCUUUUUAAUACAUUCCUUCCAAAAGUAUGGUUUUUUAAAAAUUGGAAAACAGGAUAUCCUCUUCAUUUUCCGUACAUAAUUUGAAGUUUAUACCAAAGUAGACUGAGCAUUUCUACCACACCACAAAUUUUAGUGGUCUUUUACAUUUGUACUUAACUAGGUUCUUUUCUAAACUCAUAGGUGCAAUGUCAGCAAAACUCCUCUAAAUUAAAAUUCAGUAAGAAAUAUUAUGAAGUUAUUGAUUUAAAUUUAUUUCUAUGUUGAUAAGAGUACCUUUAGGCAAAUUUGAGUUUGGAGGUGAGAAUGGAGUAACCUCAGCUUUUCUUCAUUACCCCUUUUUCUUUUUGAAAUUUAAAGUUAUUUAUAUUGACAUUUUUUGAAUGAGGUCUUAAAAUGUUUAUGGCUUCUGGAAACUCUUUCUGCAAAUUUUUACUCUUGGAUUAACUCAUGUAAAGCCUUUAAGUAAUAUGAUAUUAUAAAAGUUUUAUUUUCAAUUAUGUCUAAACAGAAAACAGUUAGUGGUUUUACUUUUUAUAUGCUCAUAUUUAUAUAAUUCUUUUUUCACAUAAGCAUGUUUCUUUUUAAUUGUUAAUAUUCUAGUAUUCUCCUGAAAUACCUUUUGGGCCUGUGCUGUUCAUUUUUCUUUUUGGAUGAAAUGGGAUAAGCAUUCACUGAAUCAUUUAUAACUGAAUGAUCAUGCUAACAUGAUCCAUGCUAACAAAAAUGAAUAUAUAAAAAACAACAUAACCAACAUAAAUUUGUCGAGACUUUGCCUUCUUCAGUCAUCCUAAGGAAAGUAAUUAGGAUAAGCAACACUUUUAAUGAUGUUUUAUUGUUUCUUUCAUGAUAGAUUAUACUGUUUGUUCUAGUUGUAAUAUCAAAUGUCAACUAUUUCCUUUCAUUUUAGUUUAUUUUAGUGCAUAUAGUUUAUGUUCAGGAUUUAUACAAUUUAAAAUUUGCCUUAAUCUCAAAAUUAAUUCUGCUAUUGACAGUUUUAUAUAUGUGAAUUAUUUUUAUCUUUUUUAGGGACCAUGGCAGAAUGGAUAGAGAGCUGGUCUCAAAAUCAGAAAGAUUGGGGUUGAAGGCAUGCUUCUGAUAUUUCCUGGCUUGUGUGACAUUUUUCUAAGAUCAUAAAUUGCAGAGAUGUUGCACUGGUAGAGAGAUUUUUUUCACCUGGAAGUUCUCUAUAGUAAUGAAAUAAUUUCAAAUCUUAUCCCGUUUAUACUAUUGUGAAUCUACUUUAAAUUGUAUGAAACAUUUAACUAAAGAGAAACUUCUAAAGAAAGGCCUCCGAGUUCUGUUGACAGCCUAUACACUAUAACUUUGCAUAAUAAUUUGAUACCCAGAUUUGGAUAAUUUGUACUGAUGUCUCUGUUGCAUAGGAGCAGAAGUACAAGGAAAAAGAAUCCUUUUGUGUAAACUGAUACGUAUUUUUCCUGCAUGGCUAAUAAGUCUAUCUUGAUAGAAUGCAGGGGUUCCUUUAUUACAAAGGGGAAAUCCCUUUGUAUAAGGUAACAUAUAAAAUUUUAUUAAGCUUAACAUAUGGAUAGGAAAUAACACAUAAAUGAGGCAUCAUUAGAGGUAAAUUUUCAAAUGAGAUAUAGCAUUACAAAGUUGAUUUCUCAGUUAUUCUCAAGAUGUAAGAAAGUUUUAUUUACAUGCACACACCCAUGUAAGCUGUUUGUAUUGCAUUGUAUGAGCUAUAUGUUUCCCACAAUAUAAGUGACCACUUUAUAAUUUUAAGCAUUGGAUAUUUACAUUGUAGUUCUUAAAAUUGAAUGUAAUUGUUUUAUAUUCACUAUGUAUCCAUAAAGAAAUUAAGUGGUGAAAUGAUGGUUUAAAGACUGAGGAUCUGAAUAUAGAUAGUGUCAGAUACGGAAAAAACUGAGAAGAGAAAAAAGGAAUGCUGUACAGAUAGUUUUCAAUUUGGGCUAACUGGCAUGGAAAUUCAACUUUACAGAAAUAAUUCUCAAAAGCAUGAGAAGAUGUAACAAAAACAUGUAUAGAGAGGGUUUGGAAAAAAGUGCCCACAACUACCAAUUUUCAUGGAUUUAACAAAGAUGAAAUGUUGGAAGAAGUGAAUAACGAGAUUAUAAACUUAGCACAAGAUUUAGAUGUUUCUACAUCUUAGCCCUUUCUAGGGCUAAGAAUGAUGUGGAGUUGAUUGAGUAUCAUGGAGAAGAAAUAUUGAAUGAGCUAGCUACAAAGAUUGCAUUAGAAAGCAAAGCUUUAGAAGAGAGGUCAAAUCAAAAAUGAUUCACAACAAAACAACUGGGGAAGCAUUUCAUCAUUUGAGUGAAUUCUUGUAUUGAAAAAAUGAAUCCAGAUACUUUUUGAAAUUCCAGAGACUUGUUGAAGAUUGUUAUCAUCAAACUCCAGAGGAAAAAGAUUGCUACUGUUCAAAAUAAUAAAAAAGUUGUACAGCCAACCACCAGUGAUAAAGACAAGGGGCAGUGAGUGGGGAAGGAGCAACAUAGUGCACACUUAUGUUAACCUUACAUGCUUUUAUCAUUAACUUUACUUUUUAUAAUUGUUUAUAUCAUGGUACAGUAUUUAAUGUGUCUACAUUUUAGUAUAUUUUAUGUCACAUAAAGGUAUUUUGUGUAUGCCUUUGUUAUAUAGGCUGAGUGAAGUGAGUGGAGAGGGGCAAAUUCUCAUUAUAUAAAAAUUGAUUUAUGCAAAAUGGUCCCCUUACAUAAAGCAAGAACUGUAUGUACUUCAAUCAUAUUAAAAAGAUUUUAUAGCAUGAAGUUGAAGAAGCCUUCACAUAUGCUACCAAGCUCAUCAAAAGCCCUUGAAAGGGCUGGCUUUUGUACUGUUUAGAGCUACAUCACUGGCAUGCAAAUUUAAUCGAAAUAUCAGUGAAUAAAUUUACAAGUUGGUGAACAUGUGUAAAGGUAUGCAAUUUUAAAAAUUAAGUAUGAGUAAUAAAAUACUUUAGAAUGUCUCUUUUUCCGUAAUAUUGGGUAAUUUCUAAUUGAAUAAGUGAUAGGUAACAAUAGUGUUUUUGUGAUUUCAUUAAACUUGAUUUGUGAAAUAAUUGCUUAGAAAAAAUGAUUCCUACAUUUUAAUGUAAUAGUAUUAGAAUCUGAAUAUGUAAGUUUUAGUUGUGUAAAUAACAGUUUAAAAUUUACAUUGCAAAAUUUGGUACAGCUUCAGAAUUAAUUUAGCAGCUAGUAUGAUGUCAGUGUUGAACUCCAUGUUUUGGAUAUAUUGAUUAUGGGAGAUGAACUGUCAUGUGUAUCCAUUUUUUGAAGUGCAAUAAAGUCUAAGGAUUCAAAUUUGAA